CUCCUUCUGCCAGCAUAAGCAGCCACCGCAGCACCUGAGCCGCUACUGCCGCUGGCUCAGAACAGCGCUAUGGCUGAGCCUGGUCACAACCCCCAUCCUUAUGCCAGAGACGGAGGAAGAACUGAAAGGCGCACAUCCCGGUUUCUGUGGCUGUUGCUUUGGGCUGGGACCACCUUCCAGGUGACCCUGGGAACUGGACCCGAGCUUCACGCCUGCAAAGAGUCAGAGUACCAUUUUGAGUACACAGCGUGUGACAGCACAGGUUCCAGGUGGAGGGUCGCCGUGCCACACAGCCCAGGCUUGUGUACCAGCCUCCCAGACCCCGUCAAGGGCACCGAGUGCUCUUUCUCUUGCAAUGCUGGGGAAUUUCUGGAUAUGAAGGAUCAGUCCUGCAAGCCCUGCGCGGAGGGCCGCUACUCCCUCGGCACUGGCAUCCGAUUUGAUGAGUGGGAUGAGCUGCCUCACGGCUUUGCCAGUCUCUCGGCCAACUUGGAGGUUGAUGACAGCAUCUCGGAGUCCACUGAGAACUGCACUUCGUCCAAGUGGGUUCCCCGGGGAGACUACAUCGCCUCCAACACAGAUGAAUGCACAGCCACACUGAUGUACGCCGUCAACCUAAAGCAGUCUGGCACAGUUAACUUUGAGUACUACUACCCAGACUCCAGCAUCAUCUUUGAGUUUUUUGUCCAGAAUGACCAGUGCCAGCCCAAUGCUGAUGACUCGAGGUGGAUGAAAACGACGGAGAAAGGAUGGGAGUUCCACAGUGUUGAGCUAAAUAGAGGCAAUAAUGUCCUCUAUUGGAGAACCACAGCUUUCUCAGUGUGGUCCAAAGUGUCUAAGCCUGUGCUUGUUAGAAACAUCGCCAUAACAGGGGUGGCUUACACCUCCGAGUGUUUCCCCUGCAAGCCUGGCACGUACGCUGCUAAGCAGGGUUCCCCUUUCUGCAAGCUUUGUCCAGCCAACUCUUACUCAAAUAAAGGAGAAACUUCUUGCCAUCCCUGUGACGAGGACAAAUACUCAGAAAAAGGAUCUUCCACCUGCAAAGUGCGCCCAGCCUGCACAGACAAGGAUUAUUUCUACACUCACACAGCCUGUGAUGCUCAGGGAGAGACACAGCUCAUGUACAAAUGGGCCAUACCAAAAAUCUGUGCUGAGGACCUAGAAGGGGCAGUGAAGCUGCCUGCCUCCGGUGUGAAGACCCGCUGCCCACCCUGUAACCCAGGCUUCUUCAAAACCAACAACAGCAUCUGUGAACCUUGCCCAUAUGGUUCAUACUCCAACGGCUCUGAUUGUACCCACUGCCCAGCAGGAACUGAGCCUGCCGUGGGAUUUGAGUACAAAUGGUGGAACACACUGCCCUCCAACAUGGAAACUACUGUUCUCAGUGGUAUCAACUUUGAAUACAAGGGCCUGACAGGCUGGGAGGUGGCUGGUGACCACAUUUAUACAGCUGUUGGCGCCUCAGACAACGACUUCAUGAUUCUCACUCUAGUUGUGCCAGGAUUUAGACCUCCACAGUCAGUGGUGGCAGACACAGAGAACAAAGAGGUGGCCAGGAUCACCUUUGUCUUCGAGACCAUCUGCUCUGUGAACUGUGAGCUCUACUUCAUGGUGGGCAUGAAUUCCAGGACCAAUACUCCAGUGGAGACGUGGAAAGGAACCAAGGGCAAACAGUCCUAUACCUACACCAUCGAGGAGAAUGCUACCGUGAGCUUCACAUGGGCCUUUCAGAGGACCACCCUUCACGAAAUAGGCAGAAAGUAUACUAAUGAUGUCGCCAAGAUCUACUCGAUCAAUGUCACCAACGUCAUGGGGGGCGUGGCCUCCUACUGCCGUCCCUGUGCCCUAGAAGCCUCUGAUUUGGGCUCCUCCUGCACCUCUUGUCCUGCUGGCCAUUAUAUCAACCGGGAUUCUGGGACCUGCCACCUCUGUCCCUCUAACACCAUCCUGAAAGCUCACCAGCCUUAUGGUGCACAGGCCUGUGUGCCCUGUGGUCCAGGGACCAAGAACAACAAGAUCCACUCUCUCUGCUACAAUGACUGCACCUUCUCCCGAAACACUCCCAGCAGGAUUUUCAACUAUAACUUCUCAGCUCUGGCAAGCACCAUCUCUCUGGCAGGGGUGCCAAGCUUCACUUCAAAGGGGAUGAAGUAUUUUCAUCAUUUCACCCUGAGUCUCUGUGGAAACCAGGGGAAAAAAAUGGCUGUGUGCACAGACAAUGUCACUGACCUCCGGAUACCUGAGGGCGAGGCCGGUUUCUCUAAGUCCAUCACAGCCUAUGUCUGCCAGGUGGUCAUCAUCCCCUCUGAGGUGAUGGGCUACAAGGCUGGGGUGUCCUCACAGCCAGUCAGUCUUGCUGACCGACUCGUUGGAGUGUCAACAGACAUGACUUUGGAUGGAAUCGUCUCCCCAGUUGAACUUUUUCACCCAGAGACCUCAGGGAUCCCGGACGUAGUCUUCUUUUUUAGAUCCAAUGAUGUGACUCAGUCCUGCAGUUCUGGAAGAUCAACCACCAUUCGCCUCAGAUGCAACCCAAUGAAAGCUGCUCCUGGCACCCUGCGGCUACCCAGCAUGUGCUCUGAUGGGACCUGUGAUGGCUGUAACUUCCACUUCCUGUGGGAGAGUGUGGCCGCUUGUCCACUCUGCUCGGCCUCUGACUACCACACUUUUGUCAGCAGCUGUGUGGCUGGGAUCCAGAAAACUACUUACGUGUGGCGAGAACCAAAGCUGUGCUCUGGGGGCAUUUCCCUGCCUGAGCAGAGAGUCACCAUCUGCAAAACGAUCGAUUUCUGGUUAAAAGUGGGCAUCUCAGCUGGCACCUGCACUGCCAUCCUGCUCACUGUUCUGACCUGCUACUUUUGGAAGAAGAAUCAAAAAUUAGAAUACAAAUACUCCAAGUUGGUAAUGAAUGCUACUCUUAAAGACUGCGACCUGCCAGCCGCAGACAGCUGCGCCAUCAUGGAAGGAGAAGAUGUGGAAGAUGACCUCAUCUUUACCAGCAAGAAGUCCCUCUUCGGGAAGAUCAAAUCCUUUACUUCCAAGAGGACUCCUGAUGGAUUUGACUCGGUGCCGCUGAAGACGUCUUCAGGAGGUCCAGACAUGGACAUGUGAGAGGUGCCCAUCCUGCCUAGCCUGCCUCCUCAUCUGGGCACAUUACCCUGCAGGCCUGUGGCAGUUUAGGUGCCAACAUCCUGCGCUCCCCGCUGCUGGGAAUCUCUUCAUUGUGGCCUUAUCAGAAGUUUGGAUUUCAGACCCUUGUUUUUUAUAGAGUACCCAAACCUUUCUCUCCGCUUGCCUCAAACCUACCAAAUAUACCCAUACUUCAUGUAUUGUUUCCUUGCUUACAUCUUGUUUUCUAAAUACAGCCCACCCAUGUGAGCCAUACCCUCAUCUGCACAGAAUUCUUAGAGUUUUUGAGUGAAAGUAGUUCUUUUCUCUCUCUCUCUCUCUCUCUCUCUCUCUCUCUCUCUCUCUCUCUCUCUCUCUUUUUCAGUACUAAAUUGACUUCUGACCUCCUGUUUGAGGGCAGGAGCAGAUGUGAGGUUUUCUGGUCAUAUAAAGGCUUUCAUUCAGCUCAUGAUGUCUUUAGAAGGGAGGCUGUGGUCUGAGGGACAAUCUUCAUGGCAUCCUCCAUUCAUUUCUCCUGAGUAAUGAGUUUGCGUAGGGAGCAAUGGAAAAGUCUGGGGGUAAGGUAGGUGAAGCCUGUGUAAGAAAACACAAAGAAAAACCACAAAGAAAGGCAAGAAAAAGGGGGGAGGAGAGGGUGUUCGUUCUGUUUUAUAACCAAGCACCUCAUUUCCUUCUCUUUAAAUGAUAAAUAUUCUCACUAAAGGCAAAGGAAGUUAUUUACCAAGAACUUUCCCAAAGUCCAAUAGAUCUAUUCUCCAUGACUGUUUGUGUCAAAUCUCCCUUCCAUCUCCUUAUGACAUUAGAAAGAUCCAGGUAAGUCUAGCUAUACCUUCUAUUGGCUUCACUGGAAGGUAAUAAACACUUGCCAGUGAGGAACACCCCCAUCUGUGAGUACCUCAGUCCUAGAGGCCUAGAGUAUCAUGGGAUGGAGCAUCUUAUUUAGAAAGAACACAGAGGGGCAGAGGGGCAGAGGGGCAGAGGGUCGAAGGUUUAAAUGGGGCAGUAUUAGACUCCAGCCCAUUGUGGCAUGGACCAGCUAUGGUCAUAUCUGUUUCUGUCAUUAACUUACUUGCUAGGUCACAAAGUUAAAAACUUCUAGGCUGACCAGAAAGGAUCUGAAUGUCAGGCAGAUACAAACCAAUCUUCAGGGAGGAAAAGUAGGGAUGUCUUACAAAGCCCGAACCCAGCUGGGGCAUUUGCUGCCCCUUAAGCCUCUGUCCUGGCUCUGGCCUAUUCUCAUUUCAUUUGUGCAUUAAAGAUCUCUGGCCCUCAUUUCUGGCAACAUUCCUCUGAAAGGUAGAUUAGGUACCAACUCACAAGUAGAGUGGGAUUCCUCUUCCCAUCUUCCUUUUACUGCAGCUAUAAUCAGUGAAAAACCUGGAAUAGAAAAACCAGAGAAUAAUUUCCAGUUAACUUCUUUUUCCCUACUACACAGAAUUGAACCGCUUUCAUUCCAUGCCAGAAUAGCUCUCUCUUGGUCAAGCCUGAGUUACACAUGGUCUUCACCUGUGCCCUUCCCCCAGUGACAGGUAGUUGGUAUAGGACAGAGAGAAAUUUCUGAGUGGUUUGUCAGCCACGAAAUGGCUUGCCCAUCUAAUUAGCCAUGGCUGCCCUGGAGAUAGUUUGUAAGAAUCAGAAAGAAGUGAAGCUAUGCCAUGACUUUUGGCCAUCAAAGGCAUCAGUAACAGCUAGACAAACCUAGAAUCUCUUCUUUGGGAGUUCAGGUUGUCCCUCAUUUUGUGGCUCUCAGGACCUUGACCAUACUGGAAUACUCUUGAUUGGCUAUGUGCACCCAGACCAUGAGCUCACAGCCAGUCUCCUGCAGCCUCUUAGGUGUCUACUUCCCAUGUAAUAACUGCUUUCUGUGUUGAAGACCACAGGAGAUACUUAGACUGUUCUGAAAAACAUGGGGAAAAGUUCAUCUCUUUGGACUUGUUUAUUCUGACAUCCUGGAAUUGAGUGCCCCUCCCCCCAAGCAUCCUCAAACAGCACUGAUUCGAUGAUUGCACCUUUUUGCAUCUCUCCCUACUCUUUACUGGGAUGGUUCCAAAAGGAAGAGGGUCACUGGUUGCUUCUCUGGCAGCUCAACAGCUUCAGAUAAUUUCAGGAGCUCUACUAACACAUAAUUCACAUACUGCAUAAGUCACUCUUUCAAAGCAUACAAUUCUGUGACUUUGAGCAUAUCAGUUUUAGUUUUCUGCCCUGAAGAUGAAACCCAGGGUUUCUCACAUGCUAAGCAAAAUGUUCUACCACUGAGCUACAUCAUUAACUACACAAGGGAGAACCACUUUAGUCUUUGAGCCCAGAUUAUGGUAGUUUGCACAAACUUUAGGGCCAGAGAGUUGGCUCAGGAGAUAGUGUUUAAUCUCCAUUUGGACAUGUAGAGUCCUAGAAUUUCAUCCUGUAGUUAGUUAUCACCUGUACUUGGCUGGGAAUACAUAUGAAGAUUAUGGUAUAUCCAAGGUCCAGGGGAUUUUUUAUCCAUCAAAACUUUUUUUUUGGUCCAACUAUAUUAAAAACUGACUAUAUUUAUACAACAGAAGCUUUGUAACAGAUUUUUCAGCUUUGUGAAAUCAUAUUUGUGUCUCAUCAAAACAGGUUGGAUUCUCUUUCUAUUCUGUAAGUCAAGCAUUUAGUUUGUUAGGGAUGGGUGUUGCAUGUCUUCCCCCCACCCAAAAAAUAAAAACGUAUCUUUUGA